AUGGCAGUGAAUGUAGCCGUGUUCACCUGGUUCAGUAUUAUUGAUGAACAUUAUUCUCUUUCAGUGUCAAACAGCAGGAGGAUUGUCAUCCUGGGAAAAACUGGAGUUGGGAAAAGCAGCCUGGCUAACACCAUAUUUGGAGAGGGGCUGUUCGAGGUCGGAGACACUGUGAACUCUGAAACAAGAACGUGUCAAGCAGAAACUAAACCUGUCAAUGGAGGAAACAUCACUCUGAUUGACACUCCUGGUUUCUUUGACACACAUCGGUCUGAGGAGGAGAUGAAGUCUGCAAUAUUGAGGUGCGUCACAGAGUUCGCUCCUGGGCCUCAUGUCUUUCUCAUUGUGCUUAGAGUGGAGAGAUUCACACCGCAGGAGCAGGAUGUCAUCGCUAAAAUGCACCAAUACUUUUCUGACGAAUUCCUCCAGUAUGCGACAGUUCUCUUCACUCACGGUGACCAGCUCUCUGAAGGACAGACCAUUGAGGAACGUGUUGGUGAUAAUAAGCCGGUGAUGGAGCUGGUGAAGAAGUGCGGAGGCCGCUGCCACGUCAUCGAUAACAAAUACUGGAAGAACAACCCGCAGGAAAGAUACCGGAACAACCAGGUCCAGGUGAAGGAGCUCCUCAAGACAAUAGAUGAGAUGGUUGAGGCAAACAAAGGAGGAUGCUACACCAAUGAGAUGCUACAAGCUGUGGAGGAAAGAAUAAAACAGGAGGCGCAACUCAUGAGACAGUCAGGAGUAAGAAUGUCAGAGGAGCAGAUCAACCAGAAGGCAAAAGACAAAGUAUUUUUGGGGCUUUGUCUCGGUUUGGCAUGUGUCUCAGUAGGUGUAGUGUUGGGAGGUUUUUUGGUACAGCAGCGAGUAUGA